AUGCGUCUCUUCCACAGAUUACUCAUGGCCACGCCCUCAACAAUGGGCUCCAAAUCCAGCCUCAGCGAAGCCCUCGCCCUCCUCCCCCCACUCCACCUCUACCGCCGCAUCCUCCGCGUCCACCGGCGGAAGCUAGAUCCUGAGAUGCGCAUCCUGGGCGACUCCUACGUGAAGAGCGAGUUCCGCGCACACAGGGAUGUGGAGAACCCGCUACAUAUCAUCGGCUUCUUGACGGAGUGGCAGCUGUACGCGCAGAAGCUGGAGGGCGAUGCAUGGGUCGGAGAGAAGUUGGAUAAGUCGAAGCUGGAUAAGAUGAGUGAUCAGCAGAUCGGACAGCUGUAUGAGCUCAUGCAGGCGAUCAAGAAUACGGAUGGGGAGGGGAAGGAGUGA